AUGCAGCACAAGUUCCCCUCCUCCCCCAGCCCUACUCCUAGAGAUAGCGAUGUGGAGAUCGUCACCACUGGUGACCACUCGCCAGCUGCUAGUGACACCAACAGUUUGCCCGCUCCCACGAGUCCAGAGGCAAAGGCCACAUCUCCUUCACCUGAACCAGAUCCGGUAACGAAUCAAGCAACUCUAACUGUGGUUCCGCACCUACCUGGUGGACGUGGUAAAAUCAAAGAUAUCCCCGAUAUCAACGAAUUCCUCAAAUACAGUGUUUAUAGGGACGAGUUCGAGAACGACUGGAAUCCGGACGCUGAGAGCCUGGUAGCCGAGCUGAUGAGCGACAAUCAGACCGAUAAGCUACCCGAUAUGAAUGACGCGGAGACAGCGAGGAACGGCAGGAUCAUGAUGGCAUACCAUCAGCUGGUUACCGAGCGCGAAAGAAGGAAAAAUUUACUCGUUCAUCCCCGUGACCGCCCAAGCUUCCUUUAUAAUGUUGGAGCUAACUUCAACGAGUAUCAGGCCUCGUGCAAAAGACGUAAGACCGAUGAAAAGUUGAUUUUCGAGCGUCUCAAGAUCUUCGCGCCUGCCAUAGAUGAGACCGCGGACGAAGUCCUGAGUCGGUUGGCAAGUGGUAUCUGUCAUGAGGUGAAGUUGAGGGAGGAAAUGGAUAGCCGUAUAGACCGACGAGUUCGUGGUUGUGGGGACCAGAAGGAAUAUCAGAGAUAUCUCCAGGUCGAAAAAGCUCGCCGAGACGCCAUGAGGUACUACUAUUAUGAGGUCUGGGGCGAGCUCCGCUUACGUAUACACAGACAAUGCUUCUCUCUCGAGGUCGCAGAUGACACCUUUAGAUGGAGGAAGCCUGUCGGCGACCUGGACGGCAAGCUCUCUCCCUCAUUAUGA